GGCCGAGGGUUUCCUCCUGAGUCAGGCAGAGGAGAAGAGGCAGGCAGAACAGAGGUUGGGUCUAUCUGUGAAGAUGGAAGCUAAGUUGGAAAGAGCUGCGUUGGAGGAAGGGCAGCUGGACCAGGGCCAGGAAUGUGCCCAAGAUGCCCUCUCACAUGGCAGUGAUGAAGAUGUGUUGAUGAAUUCUGUUUGUAGAGGUGUGAAAACAGCUGCUGCACCAGCAGUCCAGCCUUUCCUUUCUUUUGAGGACGUGGCCGUGUCUUUCACAGAGGCAGAGUGGGCACUGCUAGAUUCCGACCAAAGAGCUCUUUAUGAAGACGUCAUGCUGGAGAACUAUGGGAGUGUGGCUUCUCUGGGUAAGGAACUUCCACAGGUGCCAGACUUAUACAUUUCUGCCUUCGGGAUUACGCAUGAAUCAAAAUGUUGAACAGUAAUAUGCUGUGUUGAGGCCUGUCGUAAUAUUUGCUCCCUUGUGGAAGUCUCAACUUGGCAGGAUUUCAGCACAAUCGAGAUUCAGCACAUGUAGCUAGAGCAACAGCAUUU